AAAAAAGUCUAACCAUUGUCGCCUCUCCACACCACCACCACAUCUUUCAUUGCUCGAGUCCGUCGUCAUGCUGGCGCGAUUGUCUCUGCUCUCUCUAAAAUCGUCCCCGGUGGUGCACCAAGCGCGCCGCUUCUCAUCCGCUCUCCCGUCGCUCUUGGGACGUGAACUUGCGGAAGAGAAGGCCAACUGCUUUGUCGGCGAAGAGUUGGAAUCGCUCCGUGAGAAGGUGCUUGCCAACUUUAAGAUCCAAGACACGCCUGGCAACUUGGACAUUGUGCUGCUGAGAAAGCACAAGAACGAGCAAAUUGACAUCAAGUUCAACUGCCAAGACGUGGCCAACGUUGCCGAAGACGGUGGCGAGUACGACGAAGGCGACGACGAAGACUCGGAAGAAGGCGAGUACGACGACGAUGUCCUGCCGUGCAUUCGGUUCACGGCGCGCAUCGUCAAGGACAAUAGCGCGUUGAUCUUUGACUGUGUGGCUAGCUCUGUCCUGACUGUGGAAGGUGUGAUGCACACGGAAACCGCGGACGACCUCAAGGACUCGGACUACGAAGGCCCGCGCUUCGCCGACUUGGAAGAGGACGUCCAAGAAGCGUUUGCCAACUACCUUGACGAACGACACAUCAACGACGAUCUGGCUAACUUCAUCACGCAAUUCGCAGACCUCAAGGAGCAAAAGGAGUACGUGACGUUCUUGGAGAACACCCAAAAGUUCAUCGAAGCGUAAGGUUGAG